AAUACGUAGAGGAUCUUCGAUAAGUUAAUUUUCGUGUGAUUGGCGAGCAUUUGAAGUAGAAAGUUCAAUUUUGUACAAAACAUGGGAAUUCCCAACAUGCACCUCUUUUUGCGCUAAAGAUACAUCUAUGGUAGCGGACGACAGGUAACUGUGACGUCAGCUUACGCAUGCGCAGAAAGGAAUCUUAUGAGGGAAAAUUCCCACGAUGUCCAUCACUGCCGUCACCAUGGCGAUUCAUCCCAAUAGAGAUAGAAAUGCCAUCGUCCUGAGGACGUCAAGUUCAGGAUAACAGCCCCUAUAUAUUUAUCUGAUGAAAUUUGUGAAAUAAAAGAAACGCACUAGGAGAAACGUUUUAACAAAAUAAUGGCACUUGCAAAUAUAUCUGGUAUUCCCGAUAAGCACUGGCAACCACCAUUUGUAGCGCUUGAAACAACCAUGGGCGAAAUCACCAUCGAGCUCUAUUGGAAACAUGUUCCAAUCACGUGUAGAAAUUUUGCUGAACUUACACGGCGUGGAUAUUACAAUGGAACAAAAUUUCAUAGAGUCAUUAGAGAUUUCAUGAUACAAGGCGGGGAUCCUACGGGAACAGGAAAAGGUGGUGUAUCUAUUUAUGGAGAAUGCUUCGACGAUGAAGUUCACGAUGAUCUAAAACACACAGGUGCUGGAAUAGUAUCUAUGGCUAAUUCUGGACCAGAUACGAACGGAUCGCAAUUUUUUAUUACAUUGGCACCUACGCAGUGGCUAGAUGGAAAACAUACGAUUUUUGGUCGAGUUCAUACUGGUAUGGCGAUAGUAAAGAGAAUUGGCUUAGUUGAAACCGAUAGGAAUGACAGACCCGUUGAUGACAUAAAAAUUGUUAAAGGAUCUGUAAGGAAUGCUUAAUAAAAUAAAGAGACUUUAUUAUUUGUA